ACGCUCAGAAUUGUAGACUAGGCAAACAAGACUUCGCAUUGAAUGCAUGGAAACUGGGAACUUAAAUAGACAGGGUUAAAUGUGAUACAGCUGGAAGAGUAAUCAGUCUGACUGGAGGAUUAUGGGAAAUGUAGUUGCUGAGUGGUACGUUGAGCGCCUCAUCUCUCCUCUCACUCCAGCUUCAGGAUGCAGAACGGCACGCAUGGCUCACGCGCCCAGUGUUCUGAAGACACAGGCUGCAUGCUGGAUAACUGGAAAAUUCUGCCUUCGGAGGCUGUAUAAGGAGCGAGAUCCUCCAAGUCAGCAACAACCUCCGUCAGCAUCACCGAGAUGUUGGACAGUUGACGCUGAAUUUCUUCUCUCGACCUGCCGUCCAAAUCGAGUCCCCGCCUCGCAGGCCUGUCAGAGGUUUCAGCUAGAGCACUACACAGAGGAGAAACUUGGCCAGGCAGAAAAGACUGAACUAGACGCCCACCUGGAGAACCUGAUUGCUCGAGCAGAUUGCACCAAAAACUGGACUGAGAAGAUCUUCCGACAGACUGAGGUGCUGCUUCAGCCCAACCCAAGUGCACGUAUUGAAGAGUUCUUCUAUGAGAAAUUGGACAGAAAGAUUCCAUCCAGAGCCACCAAUGCAGAACUGCUGGGACAGUAUAUGCAGGAUGCUGCGAAGGACUUUGGACCAGGAACUCCAUACGGCAGUACUUUGAUCACUGUGGGAGAGUUUCAGAGGAGAUUGGGAGGAGCAGAGAGGGAAUUCCUACAGACAUCUGCCAUCAACUUCCUCACACCUCUAAGGAAUUUUCUAGAAGGCGACUGGAAAACCAUUUCAAAAGAAAGAAAGCUUCUUGAGAAUCGGCGCCUCGACCUGGAUGUUUGCAAAGCCCGGCUCAAGAAGGCAAAGUUAGCAGAGGCCAAGGCUGCUGCUGCGCCUGACUUUCAGGAGACUAGGCCACGCAAUUACGUUCUGUCCGCCAGUGCAUCUGCGCUCUGGAGUGAGGAAGUGGAUAAAGCAGAGCACGAGUUGCGUGUGGCACAGACUGAGUUUGACAGGCAGGCCGAGGUGACACGUCUCCUACUGGAGGGCAUCAGCAGCACACAUGUGAACCACUUGCGCUGCCUGCAUGAGUUUGUGGAGGCCCAGGCUGCUUACUUUGCACAGUGUCACAAGCACAUGCAAGACCUUCAGAAAGAACUGAGCAGUGAAAAUGGAGAUACCUUUCCUAAUGCUUUUGCUGUGAACACCUCCACGUCAGGGAUGUCGCCUGGACCGGCUCAACUUCCCUCUGCCACUAUGUCUGGGGUUUCUUCACCCAUCCAUCCCCCCAACGACUCCAAUGCGCUUGAGUCCAACACGCUGAAGAUUGAGGAGGUGAAGCCACCAGCCACUGGUACUCGCAAGGCCAAAGUGCUCUAUGAUUAUGAUGCUGCAGAUACAAGUGAACUCUCCCUUCUCGCUGAUGAGCUGAUUACUGUGUACACGGUGCCUGGCAUGGAUCCAGACUGGCUUAUUGGAGAACGAGGCAACCAGAAAGGCAAAGUGCCUGUCACAUACCUGGAGCUCCUAAGCUAGAUGCCCCUACACUUGACAGAGUUAUACUAAAUUAUACAUGAACAAAUAUUCAAGCACUCCUGAACACUCUUUGUCAGUUGGGUUUUUUUUUUUUUUUUUUACAUCUAGGUCUGUCCUUAUCUGAUGUUACUGUACACGAAUAUGGAUUACUGUUUUCUUUAGUUUCAUUCUAUGUUUUGUUUCAUUUGACUUAGCCUGCAGAAAGAGUUUCUUAAAUUAGUGUUUUUAUUUCCUCAAUGAUCCUGUGACUGCUAGAUUUUUAUGAAGUCGUUCUACCCUUAAGUAAAACAAAAAAACAUGUAACACAAACAGAAAAGUUAACUAAUUUUGUUGUUUUUGGGUUGAAGAUGGGUGUGUGUGUGUUUGUGUGUCUGUGGGCAGGUUUAAGUGGUUUACGAGGACUUUUUUUAGGUUACAAACUGGUAAUUACAAGGGUAUUAUGCUAUAAAUGUGGUCUGUGAGGACAUUUCUAGUGUCCCCAUAAUUCAAAUCGCUUAAUAAAUAUACUAAACAAUGUUUUAUUGAAAAUGUAAAAAUGCAAAAAGGUUUCUGUGAGGGUUAGGUUUAGGGGUAGGGGAUAGAAUCUACAGUUUGUACAGUAUAAAAAUCAUUAUGUCUAUGGAGAGUCCUCAUGAUGAUAGCUGCACCAACGUGUGUGUGUGUGUGUGUGUGUGUGUGUGUUCUAUUAGAUCAUGUUCUUUGAAAACAAAAAAUAUCCAGGCUUCGCAUCUUUACUGUAUGCAAUGUCUCAUUCACCAUGCUUGUAUUUCGUGGUGGUCUUGGUUUGAAAACGGAGGCAUUUAUGUGUUUUGUCCAUGGUUGGCAAGUUUGUGAAAAUAUUGAGUCCAGUUAUAAUGUGAUCAACUGUAAUCUAGUCAUAUUCAGAAGACUGAUUUUCUUAACCCCUAUCAGGAGUUAUUAUUCUUCACAUCCACACCACAGCCAGCGCAUUCCCACUUUUGUCUCUGUGUUGAGUGCUUGUUUUCUGUCAUUUGUGUCAGUGCUGCCUUCUUGGCCAGGUCACUCUUGUAAAAGAGAUUUUAUCUCAAUGAGUUUUUAUCCUGGUUAAAUAAAGGAUACUAC